ACCCCCCACCAAAUAAAACAGCCAACCAUAACCCAACCAACACAAACACACACACAAAACAACAAUGUCUGCUCCCAUAAUGAAGUGGCGUAAAGUUGCGGGCAGCACUGGUCCGGCUCCCCGGCCCCGACACGGCCAUCGGGCAGUGGCCAUCAAGGACCUGAUGAUUGUGUUUGGCGGCGGCAACGAGGGUAUUGUCGAUGAACUACAUGUAUUCAAUACAACGACCAACCAAUGGUUUGUACCGCAAGUAAAGGGCGAUAUACCGCCGGGUUGCGCGGCCUACGGCUUUGUUUGCGACGGUACCCGAUUGUUGGUCUUCGGCGGAAUGGUCGAAUACGGUAAAUACUCGAAUGAACUGUUCGAACUGCAGGCCAGCCGAUGGGAAUGGAAACGAUUGAAACCGAGGCCAACGAAAAACGGCGGCACAUAUCCGUGUCCACGAUUGGGCCAUUCGUUUACAUUGAUCGGCAAUCGGGUCUUCCUGUUCGGCGGUUUGGCCAACGAUUCGGAUGAUCCUAAAAACAAUAUACCGAGGUAUCUCAACGAUCUGUAUGUCCUGGAGAUGCGGCCCUACUCUAAUCUAAUCCAAUGGGAACUGCCGGCCACGUACGGUACGCCGCCGCCGCCCCGCGAAUCUCAUACGGCUGUUGCCUAUACGACACCCGACGGCAAAAGUUCCAAACUGAUUAUCUACGGCGGUAUGAGCGGCUGCCGAUUGGGCGACCUAUGGAUACUGGACAUUGAGUCCAUGACUUGGACUAAACCUAUUGUCAACGGUGUGCCACCGCUUCCUCGGUCACUACAUUCGGCAACACUUAUUGGCCAACGUAUGUACGUUUUUGGCGGUUGGGUGCCAUUGGUUUGCGACAACGAUACGAAAACUGGCGGUACUGUCCAGGAAAAGGAAUGGAAAUGUACGAAUACGUUGGCCGCACUGAACAUGGAAACCAUGAACUGGGAGUUUAUUACCAAUGAAUCGUUUGACGAUUCGGUACCGCGAGCCCGUGCCGGCCAUUGUUCGGUAGCCAUCAGUACCCGGUUGUAUGUGUGGUCGGGUCGUGACGGCUAUCGCAAGGCCUGGAACAAUCAGGUUUGCUGUAAGGAUUUGUGGUAUUUGGAAACCGAUAAACCGCCGCCGCCCACUCGAGUACAGCUGGUCAGAGCGGCCACCAAUACGCUGGAGAUUUGCUGGGGCGCUGUACCGACUGCCGACUACUAUCUGCUGCAGAUUCAAAAGUACGACAUACCGGCCAAUCAACAGCAGUCGCAAUCGGCUGCAGGCGUUCAUCCGCCCGGUAUUCCGUUGGCCAAAACACCGAUUGCCGUCACUCAACCAGUAACUCCUGUGGUUUCGGCAGCGGCUGCAGCAGCGGUCAAAGCUGUCCAACAAAAUCAAACGCCGACACCGUCGGUAAUUACGGCCAAUACUACACCAAUAGGCGCUGGUUCACAACAGGGCAGUGGCCAACUAUCGGGAAUGGCUGCACUGGCAGCAGCAGCUGCGGCUACACAAAAAAUGGCGACACCGUCAUCGAUACAAUUGGCGGCGGCGGCGUCGACGACAACAGCGGCUGCGGCAACACCGCCAUCAACGCCGACCACUACCGGCAUUCGAGUUAUUGCGUCGACACCGCAGCUAAUGACUACUGGAACCGGACAGACCUUCAAACUGGCCCAAAGCGGUACUCCUGGUCAGCCACAAACUAUUCGCAUUAUAACACCUGGCGGCCAGACACCGGUCGGAGCCAAACAGAUUAUCGUACAAAAACCGGGUCAAGGAGGUACUGGUCAGCCGCAGCUGAUGACACUGGUGAAGACAGCCCAGGGCCUGACACUGGCACCGGCCGGCAGUGCCGGUAAAGGCCAGGUAGUCAAGAUUGUAUCGUCGCAACCGGGCGGCGGUCUACUACAUAAAACAGUCGGCGGAACAGUCAUACAGGGGUCAUCGGGUGGUGGAACCCAACAAUUGAUUCAAAUACCCAAUACGGGAGCCAACGUUACCAGUGGUCAAAAAUUUAUGUCAACUGUCCUGAAGACAGCUGUCAGCGGCGGUGCUACCAAUACUGUCACAUCAUUGGGUGACAGUCCUACGAAAACAUUUAUGAUACAACAGUCACCGAAAACUGGUACGGCCACUGGGCCGACGCCAGCUAAAAUUGUUACCGGACCUCAAGGGGUCAAAAUGAUUGUCGUACAGACACCGCAACAGGCGAACGCCGGAGGCGGAGGCGGCGGACAACAGCAAACUGUAAUCAUUGGUGGCCAACAACAACAAGCUGGCCAACCGUUUACCUUACAGCUACCAUCUUCGCUAUUGACAAACGUUUCGGGAGCUGGAGGAACAAAAACGAUAACAAUACCGGCGUCGGCCCUGAAAUCAGGUAUCGCCGGCGUAGCAGGUGCUCAAAAGAUUAUGUUCGCACCGGGAACUACACUGCCGGCCGGCGUACGUAUACUGCAGGCCGGCUCCGGUGGCAGUCUGACGACAACUGCCGGCCAGAAAGUUGUAUUCCUGUCGUCGGCUUCGGGAACCAAUCCGACGGCUACUAUUGUAACAAAACCGGCGGCUACCGGAGCGACCACACAGUUAGCUGUAACCGCUGCCACAGCGCUGCAACCAUCGACAAUAGCACAAGUAAAAGCCGAACCACCGACGACACCGAAAAAGAUACCUCAAGUGGACGGUGCCAGUGAUGAUCCCGACCCGAAUGAAAACAAAGUCCCGACGACUCAAGUAACUAAUAAAACUGGACCGAAAAGUACGCUAGAAUCGGCACUAUUAGGACAGGGAAGUAGUACACCAUCGACUACCAGCGCACUAAAAGUUGAGAUGCCCGGAGCCGCACCACCCCUGCAAAUGUUGUCCGACGAUCCCGAACCUCCGUCAGCCAUCAAAUCGGAACCCGACACCGAUCCAUUAGCUACGCUGGCAUCGGCUGCCAUAUCAUCCGCCACAACAGUGACCAACGGUAUGUCGCAUCAGCCGAUAACGCAUGCCGUCGCCUCCGCUGCCCCAGUAUUGCCACCAAAACCGGCCGCCACUACGGUUGUCGCUAAACAACCGCUAAAAAACAAGAACCAAUGGUACGAUGUAUCCGUACUGAAGACAAAUCAGUGUACUGUCCAAAACUAUUUGACACCACCGCCGCUGACGGCGACUACAACUGCUGACGGUAUCGACAAACCACGCGAUCCGGACGCCGACUUUGACUCCAAUUCGUUACCACUGUUCACUAAUUUCAUAAAAGCCGAUCUCGAACCGGGAACAGCCUAUAAGCUACGAGUGGCCGCCGUUAACGCUUGCGGUCGGGGACCCUGGAGUGAGAUAUCGGCCUUCAAAACAUGUCUACCCGGCUAUCCGGGCGCUCCGUCAGCCAUCAAAAUAACCAAAAGUGCCGAAGGGGCACAUCUAUCGUGGGAACCGCCGCACAUGACAUCGGGUGAGAUAACCGAAUAUUCCGUGUAUUUGGCCGUCAAAUCGGCGACAACCGGUAGCGGACAACAAACUGUGACAUCUAAUCCCAAUCAGUUGGCAUUUGUUCGGGUCUAUUGCGGUCGACUGGCUUCGUGUACUGUCGGCAACCAGCACUUGACUACCGCACACAUCGAUACGACCACCAAACCGGCCAUUAUCUUCCGAAUAGCGGCCCGAAACGAAAAAGGCUACGGACCGGCCACUCAAGUCAGAUGGCUUCAGGACACGGCUGCCAGUGCUGCCGCUGCUGCUGCUGCCGGUGCCUCAACUGCUGCCACACCCGCGGCCACCAAAACGGCUAACAAACGGGGGUCGACGACAACAGCAAUGACCGAACAUUUACCGAAAAGGGGUAAAACUGAAGCACAAUAAAUAUGUGGUUAAUCUCAUCCAUCAAAACAAAGACAAACAAACAAUAAUAAUAAUAAACAGUGUAUUGAAGUUUCAAUAGACAAACAAAAAUUUUAAAAUAAA